AUGGCAGCUUAUGCAGCUAUUGUGUCCGCAGCUCAGGAAGCUGAAGAUUUGAUCGAAUCCCGCGUUGUCGAUCAAAUCCAUUCCCGUUCAGUUUCCGUGCUCGAUUUGCGGGAAAUAGUAGCAGAAAUUGAUUCCAUAAAUGGGCAAUUUUUCGAAUUCGAAGAGAGAAGAGGCCCCGGCGAUUUGCAGCCCGCGGCUGCUAAUAAUACCCAAAGCCCUCUUGUAAUUGAAAGGGAUACCAAUACCAUGGUGGGAUUUGAUGACAGGUUGAUCCAACUCAUGGACGGGCUCACCGGGCCACAAUCGGGCCGCAGAGUAAUCCCUCUUGUUGGCAUGGGCGGUAUUGGUAAGACCACACUCGCCGAAAAUGUUUUUGAAAGUUCAUUAAUCGUGCAGCAUUUCGAUGUUCGGGCUUGGGCCACCGUAUCCCAACAGUACAGCGUGAAAGAAAUUCUAUUGAGACCUCUCUCUUUCAGAAAAUGGCAAGGGGGAAGUGAAAAAUCGGCAGCAUCAAGUGUUGAACUUGAACUGGAAAGUGAAGAACAGUUGGGUGAAAGAUUGUACAAAUGUUUGUGGGGGAGGCGGUAUUUAAUUGUGCUGGACGAUGUUUGGUGUGCCCAAGCCUGGGACAAGAUGAAGAUUUUCUUUCCUGACAGCAGUAACAGAAGUCGGGUUGUGGUAACGACCAGGUUAUCGAACGUGGCUAACCAUUUGAGCUCAUCUUGUGUGGAAAUGAAUUUGUUGGACGAGAACCAUAGUUGGGAUUUGUUUUGCAGAAAAGCAUUUGAUGACGGAUUUUGCCCGCCUGAACUGGAGGAUAUUGGGAAACUGAUUUCUAAACGGUGCAAAGGACUUCCGCUCUCGAUAUCCGUGAUUGGAGCUCUUACUGGAAAAACUAACAGGACACGAGAGCAUUGGGAGAGUGUUGCGAAAGACGUGAACUCAAUCCUCAACUCGAGAGAAGAAGGGCAUUGCUUGAUUUAUUGUCUUUGA